UAGUUGGCUAUAAAAUUUCAUACUUACUUCAGUAUUCAUUCAAUAAUAGUAUUUAGGACUUAAAACAUGACAUUUUGGGAAGAUCGACCACAAACGGUCGCCGUAAUUCCAGAUGCUUUCAUUUUUCUGACAUCUGGCAUGAACUUGGCACUUGGCUUAGGCUAUAACUAUUACUCCGUCACAACUCACUUCCAGUUCUCUUGGUUCAUUGGUGUAGUAAUUGGCGCCCUCUUGUCUGCGCCUCUUGUUCACAUUUUAAUCAAACGCUAUUUUGUGCUGCUCAGCAGUUUCCUGGUUGUGGUGGCUGGAAUUUUGUACACUGUUUGUCCAGAUGAUCCCACAGCAUUAAUCGCAGCGCGUUAUAUAAACGGCAUCGGCACAGGAUUCAUCACGGUUCCCUUUAUCGUACAUUGCAGUGAAAUCAGCGCCACCAGGAAGCGCGGCUUCUGUCUGGGAAUCGAACAAUUUUGCACCGCUGUGGGCAUCUUUAUACAGGCUACUUACAUAGCACUUUGGAAUGAGUCUAACGACAUUUCACCGACAUGCGUACACGGCAUUUUUUGUCUCAGUUUCGGCUUGAUCGCAUUGGGUUUAGCUUUCGUUGUGAUCGAAUCGCCUAUUUUCUUUAUACGUCGCGCAAAUGACGCAGCAGCGAUGCAGUGUUUGACAUAUCUGCAAUUGCCCGCUGUGCUGUCGGACGAAAAAAAAUUGUUGUUGGACGAACAUAAAAACUAUGUCUUAAAGAACGAAUAUUUGGGCACCAGUGGUAGUUUUGUGCGUGCUUUGGGACCACUUUUGAGAAUGAUUCUAUUUUCCAGCGUAAUUCCAUUUACAUUUUCGUUGCCCUAUACCAGACAACUGAUAAUUGGAACUGUUUUUGGCAUGAACACUACUCGUCAAUGGACAUCGGUUGUUUGCACUGCACUACGUGUUUUGGGUGCACUCGGUGCCAUAUCAAUGCUGGACAUUAUCGGGCGCAAAAUCGUCAAUUUAAUUGGGUUGUUGGUGAUGGCUGGUCUCGGGAUUGGUGUAGCUGUUUUGUUUGCUUACAUCGGCAAUUGGCAAAACGAAUAUCAGAUGAGCAUGACUUGUGUGUUCCUGAUAAUUAUUCAGUUUUUCGGAGGCUUGUGCGCACCCACAAGCACUGUUUAUUUGGGUGAGGCCUUUCCCAUGCUGUUGAAACCAUAUUUCAUAGCAUUCUGCAUUUGUGUGCAAUGUGCGGUGCAUAUUAUUGUAAUCUGUACAUUCAGCAUGAAUCUUAACUCAAUUUGCGUGUACGACACAUUUACCUACGCCUUUUUAUUUGUAUGCUUCCUUCUGUUCAUAUUCACAAUACCCGAGACGAAAUUAACGACACUGAGCGAGGCUCAGGAACGUUUUCAUGCCUGGAAUCACCUGCGCUCUUGGUGA